AUGAAAUUCAUUCUGUUUGAUUUUUCAAGUUUAUGCAUUUCGAUUCAUUUGGCUUUGUUUUGUUUUGUUUUUCUUGUCGGUGUUCCUAGAGAAGUCAAGUGAACUUAACAGUGAAACUAUUUUGAAAUAUAUUUAUUGGCCCAUUUACUUUGUAUAUGCAGCUUUCUUGCGAAUUUUGAGCUGAGAAAUGAAUUUGAAUUCUAAUGUUUUAGUUUAUGGGAUUGGGACGUAUGUUUAAUUUAGAUGCACGGAUACCUACCACUUUCCAUCAGCAACAUGCAUCAUCAAGUAGUCUGUUUUUUGGUAUCAUGGGAGAGCAGAAUCAGCCAAAUGAUGCUUAUCAUCCAGCGGGCCAUGAACUUAACAAGCAGUACAUGGCUGGUGUUGGAAUUGACAGGAUCCACUAUGUUCCCGUGCCUUCACCUCAGUGGAUCCAUGACCAGCAAACACCAGAUAAUUAUGCAGAAUAUCUUGCAGAGAAUGUCGUCUCAGAGGUUCAAGUAGAUGCUUCGGCAGAAGCUUCUGCUUUCAGACUUGUUGAGGGCUCUGGUGACAUGAUUUCUCAGGAGAUAAAAUACCCGAGGCCUUAUUAUGAAGGGAUGCCACUCAACUGUUUGACUGGCUCAGAGCAUCAACUAGGUGCCUUGACAUGGGUGCGAAGAGGAGAUGUCAUUCACGCUUCUGGAUCUUGCUCUGAAGCAUCAACUGCUGGGUCGUCGUAUCCUCCCAAAAGGUCUAGAAAAGCAAGAGCUGCAUUAUCUGAUCGGCAUCGCAGGAUGAGGAUCGCUGAAAGAAUAGAGGCAUUGGGAGAAUUAUUUCCAUGCUCUAAACAGGGUGGAAAAGAAUCUCUAAUGGAUGAAAUUAUUGACCACAUCAAAUAUCUGCAGUUCCAGAUAAAGGAUCUCAGUAGGAGCAGAUUGGGUGGCGAACCUGCUUCUAUCCCAUUUGUAAAUCUUGAGGUUCUGACUGAUUUUCAGGGAUGUGGCCAUUACACCCUUGAUGAACAACAGAUUGAACCCCUUGAAGACACAAUGGGAAAGUUGCUGGAAAUGAAUCCUUCAAUGGCAACCCAAUUGCUGGAGAGUAAGGGCCUAUUUGUGAUGCCUAUGGCUCUGGCAGAAGGACUGCAUCAUCAUGAAUAGAAACUGAAAAAGCAGGUCAACAUAUAACUUCCCAUGCAAAGUUAACGCAAAGUAUUCUGAAGUGGUAAUUAGGCAAGAAAACUAUAGUACAACGUUUUUUAAGCAAAGCACAAGAAGAUUUAUCUUUGUACAGUUCUGCUCUCUGUCUUAACUCUAGCUUCAUCUUACACUAUCAAAUAGGUGCUCAUUAUCUGCUUUAUCUAUUUUAAUUAACAAACGUAAGGGAUAUUUAAAUUUUUGUAAAAAGGCACAAUUGAAUUAAUUAAACCUCUAUCCUUUGACACA